AUGGACAACAUCGACGAGGAAUACGAUCAGCUCGUUGAACAGUUUCACGAGGAAGCUGAUACGCCAGCGACGACCAGCACGAGCCGGAGGUAUGACCAAAAACUCACGUCCGAGCUCGCAAGGCUUUGCAGAGAGGCGAUAAACGAAGACUUUGAAGAGAGAAAAGCAGAGGUUUUGACUAAAGCUGCUGAGGCAGAAAAGAGCCUUCGCUACGCCCGAAACUCCGCCAAUCGCAAGACGAAGAUGGCUGCUCUCCGGAACCCAGAGGAAACAAGCAUUGCAUUGAGAAGGGGAAUGGAGAAAAUCAUACACGACUUCUACUCUGAUCUCUUCGACAGCCAUGUCCACUUGCCUCCUCACCAUCUGAGGGAAGAUGGACAAGUCAUUCCAGAGGUUCUCCCGCCCAGAAUACGACAUGCUAUUAUGGCGGUAAGAAAUCGUACGGCACCCGGUCCCGACAGAAUAAGACCAGAACACCUGAAGAGCCUUCCGCCAGUACUCAUCAACACCCUGGCGAGGCUCUUUACACGUUAUCUGUCGGAAUGCAAGGUUCCUAAACAGUGGAAGACCAGCAAGACCGUGUUGUUGUAUAAGAAGGGAGGCUCAAAAGACAUCGACAACUACAGCCCAAUCUGUUUACUGUCUGUCAUCUACAAGCUCUUCACAAGGUACAAGAUGCUGCUGUGUAUCACUUCCAUCGAUUCGAAGGCCUUUGACACAGCUGAGGCCGAAGCGGUCAUGGAGGCCUCGGAGAACCAAGACGUCCCUACCCCAUACAUAAAUAUACUUUGUGAGUUGCAUAGCAACUUCAUGGCCAAAUGUUCUCCAUUCUACGAUGAUGUCAUAAUCGACGUGGAGAGAAAGAAACGAGCAGUUUGGGAAGCGUACAAGAGCAUCGAGGAUGUAGUGAAGAAAACUAGGAACACUCGGCUCUGUGCUCACCUCUUCAACACCACCGUACUUCCUGCUUUGACCUAUGCUUCCGAAACUCGGGCAUUUCGCAAGCAGGAAGAAAACGCGGUGAGCGUCACUGAACGCGCAAUUGAGAGAGUGAUCCUAGGAGUAUCCCGUUUCACGCAAGUGAGGGACGGGAUUCGAAGUUCUCUCCUACGUCAACGAUCGAAGAUCAGAGACGCUGCCGCAUAUGCUAAGGAAAGCAAAAUUAGGUGGGCCGGGCACGUGAUGCGCUUUAAUGACAACCGUUGGACCAGAGCCGUGAGCGACUGGGUUCCCCGCGAUAUUAAGCGCACUACAGGAAGACCGUCGACCCGAUGGUCAGACUUCUUCACGAAGUCCUUGAAAGAAAAAUAUGAUGCUCUUCGUGUCCCACGCAAAAGGAGGAACCACUGGGCUACUCUGGCACGCGAUCAGGACAAAUGGAAGAAUUACUGGCGCCUGCUCGACCAGUUCGAAGAUCAACGGGAGUCAAGGUGA